UUAUUUCGGUAACCGUUUGGGGUGAAGUUAAGCUUAUAAUGUCUGGGCGAGGUAAACAAGGCGGCAAGGCUCGUGCCAAAGCCAAGACACGCUCCUCGCGAGCUGGGCUCCAGUUCCCUGUGGGCCGUGUUCACCGGCUGCUCCGCAAGGGUAACUAUGCCGAGCGGGUCGGGGCCGGCGCGCCAGUGUACCUGGCGGCGGUGCUGGAGUACCUGACGGCCGAGAUCCUGGAGCUGGCGGGCAACGCGGCCCGGGACAACAAGAAGACCCGUAUUAUCCCGCGUCACCUACAGCUGGCCAUCCGCAACGACGAGGAGCUCAACAAGCUGCUGGGCAAAGUCACCAUCGCUCAGGGCGGCGUCCUGCCGAACAUCCAGGCGGUGCUGCUGCCCAAGAAGACCGAGAGCCACCACAAGGCCAAGGAUCCCCUGAAGAAGGAAAUGUCAACCCACUCCAGUAUGCUUGCCUGGGAAAUACCCUGAAGAGGAGCCUGGCGGACCACAGGCCAUGGGGACCGCCACCAUUGCAAUAACUUUUAAGGUU